AUGCGGAGUUGGCACCUAGACGUAAUUGACAACGUUCUAUGUGAUAUCAUGAUGGAUGAAAACUUGGGUAAAGUCACUUCUUUUGGAGGGAAAGUGGUCGUUGUGAGCGGCGAUUUCCUACAGAUUCUUCCAAUUGUUGAGAGUCAUGAAGAUCCAGUUGCGGAGUGUGCAAAUGAUCAAGUUAAUCCUGAGACCAUUAUUAUACCUCAGUACCUGGGAAAGGGAACAUCUCGCCGGAAAAUUAACAACUAUCUCAAUCUAGAUGAAUUGAUUAAUGCCGUCUUCAGGAAUGAUUUUGAAAAUCCCCGACUAGCAGUGUUGACUCCUACAAACCAUGCAUGCCGUGUGAUUAAUCUGGCGGUUUUGGAACUCAUCUUUGGACCUCUAAGUACUUAUUUUGGUCACUCAAGCUGGGAAAGACAGGCUGAAUCAGAAAUUAAUAAUCGUGAUGACGAAGGAGAAGAAGUCAUGGACUUUUCUAGGCCAGAUUUAUUGGCUCAAAAAAUUGAGAGCUCCUCAUUUCCUCCACAUGAGCUGCAUUUAAAAUUGAAUGCUAUGAUCAUUAUUCCAACUAAUUUGUGCCUGUCUCGUGGUAUUGUCAAUGGCACUCGUGGAAAGAUUGUUGCCCUUGGAGUUCAUACAAUCACCGUUCAGGUGCUUACAGGGAAAAUGAAGGACAAACUAUUGAUUUUACCAAGACUUCGGUUAUCGCAGGCGUUGAGACAAGAAAGUUAA